AUGGCUACAAGAGUUUGUUUUAUUCAUUUGAAAACAGUUGAGUCAUUGCUAAAAAGCGGAGUUGAUCCGAACCAAGGCAACGAUGAUGGCGUGACGCCACUGCAUCAGUGUUGCAUAGACAACUUGAAGUUGGCUGCGGAACUGCUGCUGAAGUACAAAGCGAAGGUCAACAUCAGGGACAAGGAACUGUGGACUCCGCUGCAUGUCGCUGCAACCUGCGGACACGUCGAAAUCAUUAAAAUUCUCAUCGAAAAGGGGGCAGACUUGCUGGCUGUGAAUGUUGACGGCAACAUGCCAUAUGACAUCUGCGAGCAAGAGGAGAGUCUGACCAUCCUUGAGACUAGCAUGUUCCAGAGAGGUGUAACCCAGGACCAGAUUGACUCGACUCGAUCGACGCGUGAAAACGAGAUGAUCAAGGAGAUCGAAGCAGCAGUCGCUGCCAACAACAACAAGCUGCCCAAGUACCUCGGUCCCAAUGGGGAGACUUUGUUGCACGUAAGCGUGAGUUUCGGCUACCUCCGACUUACUGAAAUGCUCCUGAGGUACCGUAUUAAAGUUAACGCUGCAGACAGCGACAAGUGGCAAGCCAUUCACUGCGCAACAUUCUGGGGACAGGUUUAUUAUUUAUUCGUUGGUGAUGUUUUCUUUGAAAUUAUUUGA